UAUUACUUCUAAGCGUCUGUACGAGACAGAGUACUUUUAUUUUCGGAACCUCUUUGACGCAUUUAUUGGAGCAGGAUUCUGUUUCAGAAGGUACAAUGCAGUCAUCUAAAUGUGUAAGAAGAAUCUGUGCUAAGAUCUACUCAGUGGGUUCAAGACACCAAAGUGCACAAGCAGCAGCUGCCGUCAAACCUUUUCAUUUCCAGGAUAUACUAGAAUCAGAAAAACCAUUAGACACACCAUGGAAAAAACUAACUGGAGACUAUGUGUCAACUAUGGAUGUUAUGGGGAAGAAAGUUCUAAAAGUAGAACCACAAGCUUUGACAUUGCUAGCUGAGCAAGCAAUGAUAGAUAUAGCACAUCUUCUUAGACCUGGACAUUUGCAGCAACUUUCAAAUAUCCUUAAAGAUCCUGAGUCUUCAGAGAAUGAUAAGUUUGUAGCAUUAGAACUUCUAAAGAAUGCCAAUAUAGCAUCAGCCAUGGUUCUGCCUGGAUGUCAAGAUACAGGAACUGCUAUUUGUAUGGGAAAGAAGGGUCAGUAUGUCUGGACAGAGGGUAAUGAUGCUGCAGCUUUAUCUAAAGGUGUUUAUAACACUUAUACACAGAAAAAUCUGAGGUAUUCACAGGUUGCCCCAUUGGAUAUGUACACAGAAGUAAAUACGAAGACAAAUCUUCCUGCACAGAUUGAAAUCUAUUCGACAGAUUCAAGUCAAUAUGACUUCCUGUUUAUUGCAAAAGGGGGCGGGUCUGCCAACAAAACAUUUCUGUAUCAACAGACUAAAGCUCUCUUGAAUCCAGAAAAGCUUCUGAAGUUUGUGGAUGAGAAGGCAAAGACCCUAGGUACUGCAGCUUGCCCACCGUAUCAUUUGGCUGUAGUUAUUGGAGGAACAUCUGCAGAAUUUAAUCUGAAGACAGUCAAACUUGCCUCUGCUAAAUAUUUAGAUAAUUUACCAUGUGAAGGAAAUGAACAUGGAAGAGGUUUUAGAGAUAGAAAAUUAGAGGAAGAAAUCCACAAACUGACCCAGAGAGCUGGGAUAGGAGCCCAGUUUGGAGGGAAAUAUUUUUGCCAUGAUGUAAGGGUCAUUCGAUUGCCACGACAUGGUGCCUCUUGUCCUGUAGGAAUAGGUGUUUCUUGCUCUGCCGAUCGACAAGCAUUAGGUAAAAUCACAGAAGAAGGAGUGUUUUUAGAACAAUUAGAAACAAAUGUAUCAAAGUAUUUACCAGAAGUAGAAAGUAAAGAUCUCAGUUCAGAAGUUGUUCAAGUUAAUUUGAAUCAGCCAAUGGCAGAAGUUCUAAAGGUUUUAAGUAAUUAUCCAAUCAGAACUCGUGUUAGUUUGAAUGGGACAUUGGUUGUUGCUAGAGACAUUGCUCAUGCCAAAUUACAAGAGAGGAUUGACAGUGGGGAAGGAUUGCCUGAAUAUGUUAAAAAUCAUCCAAUAUAUUACGCUGGUCCAGCUAAAACACCAGAGGGCUAUGCCAGUGGGUCAUUCGGUCCGACAACUGCUGGUAGAAUGGAUUCCUAUGUGGAACAAUUCCAAAAGAAUGGAGGUAGUAUGAUCAUGUUAGCCAAAGGAAACCGAAGUAAACAGGUAACAAAGGCUUGUAAGACAUAUGGUGGAUUUUAUCUUGGAUCUAUUGGAGGUCCAGCUGCCAUACUAGCACAGAACUGUAUCAAAAAAGUGGAAGUUUUAGAAUAUCCAGAAUUAGGUAUGGAGGCAAUAUGGAAAGUAGAGGUUGAGAAUUUCCCAGCAUUCAUUGUAGUAGACAAUAAAGGAAAUGACUUCUUUAAAGAGUGGCAGGUGGAAUAAGAAAUGAUUGGAAAUUUUAAUAGAUAUUUUUACUUAAUAGGAGAUGUAAGAAAAAAGGGGCGAUUAGAUAAAAUAGUUUUUUAUAAAACAUUGACAAAAAGAUCUGAAGAGAUUUUGACAAAGAAAAAUGUCAACAUAAACUGUUUACCCGUUAUAUGCCUUUGGGAAACUUGCAUUGUAAAUUCUAUAUUUGGUGUACAUUUAGGUAAGAAAAUAACAAAUGUGCCAUGCGGUCUGGUAUAUAUUCACUAUGAAUCUGUUCCCAUUUCACUGAAUUCAAAGCUUUUAAUACAUUUAUAGCAAAGUGAAUUCCAUGCUUACUUAAUUUAUGUAAUUCUUAAAUGUGAUAAACAAAAUGUUAGAUUUUUAUUUGUUAAAUAUAUUUAUACAUGCUU